ACUUGUUUCCAGAAUUGCUAUUGCUUCACGUAUCAGAUUGGUAGAGAUUAUAACCAGUAGACAUAAUAAAUAAUACAAGUUUGUAAUAAUAACAAAGUUCUGAUAUACAAUCUGGACAACAACAUUUCAGACAGUGUUUUUUGUUUCAUGGAGGCAGCGUCCCUGCAUAGUCAGAUACAAUUCUCAGUGGAAGGAAAAAAUCCACACCUUUAGGACAGUAACCAUUUGGUGUGUGAAGUUCACUCCUCAAAAGGCUGCUGCAUUGCUGACAUAGCGUGAUUUCACCCCAAAGCUGAACAGUCUUUCAGGUUAUCAUUUUUGAAGAAAAACAUUUCUCACACCUAAUCAGGAGCCAACAUCAAUUCAAUAUUGUUGUUUCUGACCCAGCUACAAUGACAUCAAUGACAUGAGUAGAUGGAAUCAUAAAGUCAUACAUGAGUGAUAUGCUCUGAGCUAGAAAUUGUUUACUUACUUAAUCUACCACAUAAAUAAGUAUUGCUAGUUUACUUACUUCUAAGACAAUUAUUUUGCAAAUUUUGUAUAAUUCAUAUGAUUUUAAAUUCAAUUGAAAAUCCUAGAAUUUUUAUUUAAUUUCAACAAUCAGGCAAAUUCAUGGUACAUUGCCUCGAGCAGGGGGGGAUUUAUGAAACCGGGGGAUUGCUUGUAUAAACAUCACUAUAGAGCUCUUAAUCUGUUCCAUUCUUGUAGAGAAAAAAAGUUUCAAGGUUUUGCAUAUUUCCUGUGUGAAACAGGACUUCAGCAUGUCACAACAGUUACAACAUAGACUAGAUGUUAAUCUGAAAUGAGAAUCAUUGCCUGGCACUGAUUCGCAUUUCAGAUCCAGCCACUCCCAGUUUAAAUGCGUUAGUCCCAGAGUUCCCGCCUUUCACUGUCACCUGACUUCCAGGCCCUCCUGCACACCUGUUCCCUAUUCUGUCAUUGGCUUAGAAGUUUUUAUACCAGCCCAUUUCCCAUCAUUCCCCGCCUUUGUCUCUAACCGAUAGUUUUAUGGAUUUUAUUGCCUGUAGUUUCCUCCUGCCUGGUGACUUUUACCUGCUUAUGAUAAGUAACCUGAGCUUCAACAUCAAUCUAGCGCUCUGCUCCCCCCCUCUCAAGGUGCUCCCCUGCCGGUGUGUGUCUCUGCUGCCAUGGAGGUGGGCAGCCUCCCCGUGGAGCUGUGGAGGGUUAUCUUGGCAUAUCUUCCGCUCCCUGACCUGGGCCGCUGCUGCCAGGUGUGCCGAGCCUGGAGGGAGCUCAUCUUCUCCCUAGACAACACCCGCUGGAGACAGCUCUGCUUAGGCUGCUCAGAGUGCCGUCAUCCCAACUGGCCCAGUCAGCCCCACCAGGAGCCCGCGUCCUGGAGAGAUGCCCUGAAGCAGCACGCCCUGUCCACCCGCACCUGGACCCAAAAUGGGCCAGAGCUCCAGUCCUCUGCCUGUCUCCACUUUUUCCGCCGCCGAAAAGACCGCAGGGUUUGGCAUGUGGGUUCCGGAUGCGAGUUUGAGACCCUUCGAGGGGCCCUUGGGGUGGUGGGGCCAUAUGACCGGGUAGUUCUCCACCCAGGGGUGUAUGAGGAGCAGGCUGAGUUGGUGCUGAAGGUUCCUGUGGAGUUGGUUGGACUGGGUCGAUUGGGUGAGGUGGCUCUCCUGGUGUGUAUGGAUCAGCAGUGCCCUACUGCCAGGCUGUGUAAUCUGGUGUUCAUGCCGCCCUGGUUCUCCACUGUGGUCUACAAGACCUCAUGGGGUCACGUCCAACUAGAUAACUGCAACUUUGAGGGGGCUCAGUUGCAAGUCCGUGGCCCGGGAUCCUGCCAGGCUCGCUUCUGCUCCUUCUCGCAAGGCAGCUCUGCUCACUUGCUGGGUGUUGUCCUCAGUUUGAUGGACAGCUGUGACUUUUCGGGUAGUGACACAGCUUCUGUGACUGUUGAAGGUCCUCCAGUGUCCGAAAGGAACUGGGCUUGUAAACAUUUGGUUGCCCUGGCCAGGACGUUCCCAUCAUGUGGCGUAUCUGGGAGUAACAGCCCUCCCAGUGGCCCUCUGCCUGGUUCCACUGGUGGGAAUCAACCCCCAGGUUCAAAUGUUAAAAAGGAGCUUGUGAGCAUAGAAGACUGGCAGAGGAGGAAUGGAGUAGACGCAGCCUGUCAGGGCACAGUGAUUGAAAGCUGGAGUGAUGGAGAUCGCAGCGAGGGAGAGGAGGAGAAUCAAGAUGGAGGAGGAAUAAACAACACCAAAAAAACACUCAAAUUGGAUUACAAAAUCCCUUGUGACCAUCAUGGCCUAUCCCAUUUGCUCAGGCCCCGGCCAGAUGGCUCUAUGCCUCUUGUCUCCUCCCCGGAUCCACCAUCUUUGGCCCCUGAACCCCUCACCUUUCAGCAGGAACUAGACAGGGACCCAGAGGCUCAGAUGUUGGCUGCCUCCACCCUUGGCUGUUUCCUCAGACGCUGCCUCUUCAGGGAAGGGAAGGGUGGCGUGCACGUGUCUAAUUACGGACAAGCUCGUCUGGAGGGCAAUGUUUUCCGUGGGCUGAACUAUGCUGUCCGCUGCAUCCAGAACUCAACAAUAGUGAUGCUGAGAAAUGAAGUGUGUGAGUGCCGAGCAUCAGGUAUUUUCCUGCGCCUCUCUGCUCAGGGCCUCAUCGCCGAAAACAACAUCCAUUCUAAUGGGGAGGCGGGGCUGGACAUCCGAAAAGGGGCUAACCCCAUCAUUCUGUGCAACAGAAUACAUAGUGGUUUGCGUUCAGGGGUUGUUGUCCUUGGCAAUGGGAAAGGUUCAAUUCGGAGCAACCAGAUCUAUAACAACAAGGAAGCAGGCGUGUAUAUUCUCUUCAGCGGUAAUCCUGUGGUCAGUGGGAAUCACAUCUUCCAGGGCCAGGCAGCAGGGAUUGCUAUAAACGAGAAUGGCAGAGGCAUGAUAACAGAGAAUGUCAUCAAAGAAAACCAGUGGGGGGGUGUGGACAUCCGCAGAGGAGGUGACCCAAUCCUUAAGAACAACUACAUCUGUUAUGGCUACUCAGACGGCGUGGUGGUGGGAGAGAGAGGCCGCGGCCUUAUUGAGGGAAACCAUGUCUACUGUAACAAAGGCUGUGGUGUGUGGGUGAUGUCGUCCAGUCUCCCUCAGCUGCUGGGAAACUUCAUCACCCAUAACUGUAUGUACGGGCUGGCCGUGUUCUGCAGGAAAGACCCAGAGAACAUGGAGGGCAACUGGCCAGGACAGGAAGGGAUUGGUGGAGAAGCAGGCAGUGGGGAGAGGAGAGGGGUAGAAGGAGAAAGGAGAGAAGGGCAGGAGAACCUAAAUGAGGAGGGGGAGCUGUUUGCAUGGGAGAGUGAUCUGGACAGUGAGGACGAGCGCCACUCUGCCCGCCGUGCCAUCAGUGUGGCCCUGGUGGAGAGCAACUGCAUGAGCUACAAUGGAGCAGUUGGUCUGUACGUGAAGAGCAGUGAGCCCCUGAAUGUUUUUGCUAAUCUGGUAAACGGUAACCGUGGCACUGGCAUAGCUGUGCUUCAGAGCAGUCAGCUGACCCGACUGGUUACAAACUGCAUCCUUGAAAAUGGUCGAGGUGGUAUUACGGUGGAGAAGGACUGCAGAGUGGAGCUUCGUGGUAACGGCAUCUAUAAAAACUGUGGCCAUGGUGUCAGUUUCUGCGGCAACGGGCAGAUUUUGGAGAAUGAUGUUGUUGGAAACCGGGGUUACGGGAUCCAGGUUUUGGGCGGUGCUGACAUCAAGGUGAUGCGCAACCGUGUCCAGCCAGCACAGGGCUGUGGAGUGGCUGUGCUAGGGCCAGUAAAAGGUGUUGUCCAUGACAACGUCUUGUUCCAGGGCCACCCUGGCAACAAGAAGGAACUUCUUCAUAUGGAUGCUGCCAAUGAGAACUGUGUGUUGCGCAACAACAGUGUUCUAAGGCACAAUCACAGCUGUACAUCUGCUCCUCCCUGGGUUUUGGAAAACCCUCCACCUCGCCCACUGGCCAGCUCCCCUUCUGGUCUCUCCUCGUCCCAAUAUCCCUCCAGACUUGGAAUUUCCAUGACGACCAGGAUCAGCGCCACUGUAGAAAGUGGUUGCCAUAAUGGCAGCAUGUUCUGCUCCAUCCUGUGAAAGCACUUAGAAACCAAUAUGGACUUGUGUUUGUUGUACAUUUGAAGCACGCUGGCCUCCUCAGAGAAGACCUUUUCAAAAAGACGCCCUCUUGUUGAGGUCUAGUAAAGAAGAUGUUCCGAGUAUAACCACUUAAGGGGCAAUCCCCCUUCCAGUACGUUGAGGUGUCACCACAUUUUGUAAAUCUGAAAGAAGAUUUGUAUAACUUAAUGAUCAAACACCAGUGCACUGGUGUUUGAGCAUUUAUCAUUGAUACAUCAUCACAUGUCGACUCUUGAAAUUAAGUUGCAGUAAAACACAUUCAGGCAUUAUCAUCUUCCAACAACUGUUUCCAUACAAAGCUUUAACUUAAUUAUGUUCUUUAACAUUGAUAUUCAUGUGCAGACCUGCUGUAGACUUUGUCCGUUUGCUUCUGAGACUCACUGUUUGGGAAGUGCACAUUUUUAUAAAUCCUAGCAGUAGUCAAAGGUUUCAGAGAUGCCAGCUUCAACCAUGCUGCAAAGUAAAGCUGUGCCUUGUUUGACUUUGUAUUCAAUCAACGAUUGUAGCUAGAUAAUGAGUUGUCAUAGUGUGAGUGUUUAUGCAAAGAUGAAAAAACAAAGCCAAACUCAAGCUUCUGACUCUUGCACAUGGCUGUUUCCUGGUGAGUCUGUGUUUUUGUAUCAUAUCAUCAAUGUUUUUCAAAUGUGAUCAGCUUUCUUUGACUUGAUCAAAUUCACUGAGAUGGGACCCGUUUUCCCUCUAGAUACCAUCGACACACUGCACAGUGACACAACCACACAGACUUGCCUGGUAAAAGCCAGUUUUAGAAGGAAAAAUUAUAAACAGUGUGCAAUAUGUGCUGUCUAAAAUUGUGCCUAUUUGUUUUUACUGUCUACGCUAGAUGUUUUCUGUCAUCUAGAAUUUGUUUACAGCUCAUUCCUCUGCUUUUUUGUAUCUUGCACAGUAAGCAAUAAGUAAAGAUAUCAUGUACAACUCAAGAGGUCACCACUUUAUUUGUCUACAAAAUAAACAGUUAUUGUUUGUGACAUUUCCAAUUA